UAUUUCAAACUAUAGAAGUACAACAAAAGUGGCGACGAGGAUAGUGGAAAUUGAUCAAUAAUUGCACACACAACAAUCCGCAAAAAUGUCUCAAGACAUAAUUCUACAAUUGUUAACAGAGCAACAAAAAGCAAUGUCGCAACAAACGCAACUGCUAAAGCAUAUGGCUGAUCUUCUUCAAGCACAAGGAGCACCAAAUUCACCACACUCACCACAAACAUCAAAUUCAUCCAAAGCAGCACUAAUGGAAUCACUAGCACAGUCAAUGACAGCAUUCGUAUACGAGCCAGAGAGCGGUCUGAUAUUUCAAGCGUGGUACAACAGGUUUGUGCAUGUUUUCGAAAAAGAAGCAAGCUCACUCGAAGAACAUGACAAAGUGGCCUUGUUAUGGAGAAAAAUGUCGAACCAAGUACAUGAAAGAUUUGCCAACUACGUAUUACCAGCAAAACCUGAAGACAUGACUCUAAAGGAUACAGUAGAGAAACUCAAGAAACUCUUUGGUAAAACAGAAACACAAGUCUCACAAAGAUACAAAUGCCUUCAGCUAGCAAAAGGCGACAGCGAAGAUUUCAGAGAAUACGCAAGCAGAGUAAACCUACAAUGCGAACUAUUCAAAAUGAAAGAACUGAAAAUCGACCAAUUCAAAUGUCUCAUUUUCGUCUUAGGACUCAAGUCAGCAAAGGACAACGACAUAAGACUUCGCUUACUAAAGGUACUGGAUGAUGAAAACACUACAAUGAACCUAGAUCAACUAGUAGACGAAACACAACGAAUUCUAGAUCUCAAAUCGGACAACAUUCUCAUUGAACAUCAAUCAAAAAUCGUCUGUUCACUCAACAAGCACGCAAAAGACUUUAAGAAGCACAAAACACCCAAUUCACCCUGUUGGUAUUGCGGAGACCUUCACUACGUCAAAUUUUGUCCUUUCCAGAAACAUAAAUGCACAACAUGCAAUCAAGUGGGUCAUAAAAAUAACUUUUGCAACAUCGCUAAGACUGGUAAGAAUUUCAAAUCAUCGUCUGAAAACAACCAGAACGAAUUCAAGAAAUACAGCAAUUCAAGGAAAUCAUUCAAAACUAAGGCAGUUUUCAAAACACACAACAUUAAUUUCCGCGACUUAAGGAAAUACACAACUGUCCUAAUUAACAACAAUCCUGUAAAACUUCAAAUUGAUACUGCAUCAGACAUAUCAAUUGUAUCUAUCAACACAUGGAAAGCUAUAGGUAAGCCUGAAGCCUACGAAACUUUUGACAACGCUAGCGACGCAAACGCAAACUCAAUCAAGCUCCUAGCAGAAUUUCAAUGUGACGUCACAAUCGACAAAACAUCAAAAACAUUAAAAUGUUAUAUAACAGAUAUAGAAAAACUCAAUAUCAUGGGAAUCGAUUGGAUUCAAGCAUUCAAUCUAUGGCAGAAACCAAUAACCUCAUGGUGUCAUCAAAUAAACUUCGUUGAUGAAAUAGCAGAAUUGAAAACGAAUUAUCAAUCAGUUUUUGAUAACAGUACCCCAGGUCUGUGCAAAACAAAAGUCAACAUACAAUUAUUGCCAAACACAAAAGAAAUAUUCGUUCCCAAACGACCAGUUCCUUUCGCAGCAAGAAUGGAAAUUGAAACAGAACUCCUCAGAUUAGAAAACGCAGGAAUAAUCACACCGGUAGAUUCAUCGAGGUACGCAGCGCCGAUAGUGGUCAGCAAACGUAAUGGAAAAAUUCGAAUAUGUGCAGACUAUUCAACAGGACUAAACUCAAUAGUAGAACCUAAUCAGUAUCCAUUACCAACACCGGAAGAAAUCAUGUCUGAUUGCCACAACUGUGUAAUCUUUAGUCGCUUAGAUCUCUCAGACGCAUACUUACAAGUCGAAGUUGACGACGAAAGUAAAGAGCUUCUCACCAUCAAUACACACAAAGGUCUAUAUAAGUUCAACCGUCUAACCCCAGGUAUAAAAUCAGCUCCGGGAGCAUUUCAAAGGAUCAUGGAUAAGCUAUGCGCAGGCAUAGAAGGAGCAAAAGCAUAUAUAGACGACAUCAUGUUAUCAAGUCCAUCUAUUCCGGAACAUAAAUUAAAUUUAAACAAGCUUUUACAAAGAAUUCAAGAUCACGGAUUCAAGCUGAAAUUUGAAAAAUGCCAAUUCUUUCAAAAACAAAUCAAAUAUCUAGGACACAUAAUAAGCAAAGAUGGAAUCAAACCUGACCCAAUCAAAAUAGCAGCCGUUCAAAAUCUUAAAACACCAGAAAACGUCUCGGAAGUAAGAUCGUUAUUAGGCUCUAUUAAUCAUUACGGGAAAUUUGUAAACAACAUGAGAACACUACGUAAACCUCUUGACGAUCUACUAAAAAAGGACGCCAAGUUCGAGUGGACGUCACAGUGUCAAAAAUCAUUAAACGACUUUAAGAACAUCUUGACAUCAGAUCUUCUUUUAACGCAUUACAAUCCAAACUUGCCUAUACAUGUAGCAGCCGAUGCAUCAUCUCACGGAAUCGGCGCGGUUAUCUAUCAUAUGUUUCCAGACAACACUAUGAAGGCAAUACAUCAUAUUUCCAGAUCACUCACACAAGCGGAAAAGAAUUACAGCCAAAUAGAAAAAGAAGGCCUAGCCCUUAUAUUCGCCGUUCAACGGUUUCACAAAAUGUUAUUCGGACGCAAAUUUACUUUACACACCGAUCACAAACCCUUACUCGCAAUAUUUGGUUCAAAGAAGGGAGUUCCAAUUUACACAGCAAAUCGUUUACAACGAUGGGCCCUUAUAUUACUGGCUUACAACUUCGAAAUUAAAUACACAAACACAAAGGACUUUGGUCACGCUGAUGUAUUAUCAAGAUUAGUCAACAAUCACGAAAAACCAGCAGAUGACUUUAUAGUGGCUUCAAUAUCAUUCGAAGAAGACAUACGUAACGAGAUAAAUGAAACUAUGUCAGUUCUCCCAGUAUCAUUUAAAAUGAUCGUCGAUGCAACAACUAAAGACACGGAUUUACAAAUGGUCCUCAAAUACAUUCAAACAGAAUGGCCAGAAAGCAAGAAAAAUAUUAACCCAUCAAUUAUUCAAUUUUUCAACCGCAAGGAAAAUCUUUCAACCUUCGAUGGUUGUAUUCUCUUCAAUAAUCGUAUAGUAAUUCCUAAAUCAUAUCAGAGACAAAUCUUACAACAACUUCACAGAGGACACUUAUCAGCAGAACGCAGCAAAGCCAUCGCCAGAAGUUAUGUUUAUUGGCCAAACAUCGACAAACAAAUUGAAGACUUUGUUCGGAAAUGCAAAAAUUGUCAACAUGCGGCAAAAAGUCCAGUAAAAACAAAUCUUUGCCCAUGGCCAUUAACUUCACACCCUCUUGAAAGGAUACAUAUAGACUAUGCUGGUCCAGAAAAAGGUAAAUAUUAUCUUCUUAUCAUCGACUCGUAUUCAAAAUACCCUGUUAUAUACGAGACAACAACGACAACCACAUAUGCAACAUUAAAAAUGUUAAACGAAUAUUGUGCACUCUUCGGAAAUCCUGAACAAUUGGUCUCGGACAACGGAACACAGUUCUGUUCAGAACAAUUUGAGAAGUGGUGCAGCAAAAAAGGCAUUAAACACACAAGGACUGUUCGUUUUCAUCCAAGUUCAAAUGGACAAGCCGAGCGUUUCGUUGAUACACUUAAACGUGCAUUAAAAAAACUAGAAGGGGAAGAAACGCCUACGGAAUCUCUCCAAACCUUCCUAGAAGUCUACAGAUCCACACCAAAUCCAAAUGCACCAGAAGGUAAGUCUCCAGCAGAAUCCUUCAUCGGAAGAAAAAUGAGAACGGUCUUCGACGUUCUAAGGAAGCAACAAUCGCCUGAGUAUAACGUCAAUCACAAAAUGGAACAGCAGUACAAUACCAAACACGGUACCAAAAACAGAGAGUUUAGCAACGGAGAAUUGGUCUAUGCCAGAAACUUCAAAGGAAACAAAAGUUACUGGACAACAGGCGAAAUAGUCGAGCGUAAAGGGAAAGUCAUUUACAACACUCUAAUCGACGUUGGGGACAGGAAAAUUCUAGUACGAGCUCAUACUGAUCAACUUCGACAUAGAGAAUCGGUAGAGUCAAGCAGACAAGAACGACAAAAACUACCAUUGGACGUACUACUUGAAGAAUUCGAAAUCGCUUUGCCUAACCAUCAAGAACAUUUUGCAACUCCAACAGGUUCACCAAACUGGACACCUCAAAGAAUAACAAGUCGCAGACAACCAGUCGAACCUAUUUCAAGAUCACCUUCUCAUCUUAAGGAGGGAGAUGUUGGGGCAACCCACAUUAACAAUAUGGCAUCUCAUGUUGCAACAUCCUAUACGGCAACGCCCAUAUAAUAGGACGCCGUGCUACCGCCAUUUUAGCUUGCUCAGUCUUGUUUUGUCUGUCACUCGAGUCUGACUCACUACAUUGUAACUUCUUCAUUCUUUUGAAAUUAGUAGCUGUGAACGCUCAUCAUCCAAUAAAUCUUUACACCUUUAGUAUUGACAAACAUUGGCUUUUAUUUCAAACUAUAAAAGUACAACAGAAACAUAAAUGGCAACAUGGUUUUUGCAAGACGUGGAUUCGGGUAUAGUCAAAACAGUCCCUUCCACUUGGAUUUAGAUCCAAGAUUAUAACAUUAAAUAAUAAAAAUCACAUCCUUUAAAAAUCAAUUUAAUUUCAAAAACUCUUCUUUGUUGUCUAGUCUUUUUUAAAAGAAAGAAAAGAAAAAAAAAAAAAACAGUGCAGCAAAUAGUUGUUCAAGUUUGAUAAAUAAAUAAAAUAAAGUAAUAGGCAUUUUUUUAUAAUUUCUGCAUGUGCAAACUUAAGUAGUUGAUCUUUAAUCAGGCUUGUUAAAUAUAGAGGCACCAAUUUUUCAUUGUAAAAUAAUGACAUUUCUUUGGAAAGACAAAAAACGCAAAAGAA